AUGGCAGUAGAAAUGGUUACCGGUGUUCUAGUUUCCACUUUCCUCGAGAGGACUAUCGACACUUUGGCUUUUCGUCUUGUCGACAUAUUUCAUCAAAGAAAGCAUAAGAAGCAACUCAGCAACUUGAAGAUGAAGCUGCUAGCCAUUGAUGUUGUGGCGUUUGAAGCAGAACAAAAGCAGUUCACAGAUCCACGUGUCAGAGAUUGGCUUCUCAGGGCCAAAGACGUUGUGAUUGAUGCAGAAGAUCUCUUGGAUGAGAUAGAUUAUGAACUCUCCAAAACCCAAGUGGAAGCUGAGUCUCAGAGUGCAUCUAAGAAGGUGUGGAAUUCCCUCGACUCUUCUUUCUUUGAAAUUGAAUUUGAACCCAUGAUGGAACAAGUCAUUGAGGACCUAGAAGAACUUGCAAUCCAAAGCGAUUUUCUAGGUUUGAAAAAGGUUGGUGGUGUUGGGGUUGGAUCAGGAUCCGGUAGUAAAUUAGCACAUACAUCUUUGCCAAAUGAAAGUGUUAUCUAUGGCAGAGAUGAUGACAAAGAAUUUGUCCUUAACUGGCUCACAUCGGACACUCACAACAACCUAUCUAUACUUUCUAUUGUGGGCAUGGGUGGGAUGGGUAAGACCUCUCUUGCCCAACAUGUAUUCAACGACCCAAGGCUUGAAGAAGCUAACUUUGAUACUAAAGUUUGGGUCAGUGUUCCACAGGAAUUUGAUGUUCUAAAAGUAUCAAGAGCAAUUCUUGACACAAUAACUGGUUCCACUGAUCAUAGUAUACAGCAUGAAGUAAUUCAGAAAAGACUGAAAGAAGAACUUAUGGGAAAGAAAUUUCUUCUCAAAUUUCUUCUCGUUUUGGAUGAUGUUUGGAACGAACGACCAUCUAAAUGGGAAGAUGUGCAGAAGCCCCUUGUUUUCGGAGGCCAAGGCAGUAGAAUUCUUGUCACUACACGGAGUGAGAAGGUUGCUGUUACCAUGCGAUCAGAAAAGCGCCUCCUGCAGGUAUUAAAAAAAGAUUAUUGUUGGGACUUGUUCGCAAAGCAUGCAUUCCAAAAUGCUAAUCCCCAACCAGACUCAGACUUCAUAGAGAUUGGUAAGAAGAUAGUUGAAAAAUGUAAUGGACUUCCUUUAGCCUUAAAAACUAUGGGAAGUCUAUUACACAAUAAAUCAUCCCUUUGGGAGUGGGAAAGUAUUAUGAAGAGUGAGAUAUGGGAUUUUUUAGAAAAUGAAAGUGAUAUACUCCCUGCUUUAAGACUGAGCUAUUUCCACCUUCCUUCUCAUCUGAAGAAAUGCUUUGCUUUUUGUGCCUUAUUUCCCAAAGGUUAUUGGUUUGAGAAGGAGUGGUUAAUUCAAUUGUGGUUGGCUGAAAAUUUCCUAGAAAACCCUCUACAGAAAAAGAGUCCUAAAGAAGUUGGAGAAGAAUAUUGCAAUGAUCUAUUAUCUUGGUCAUUCUUUCAACAGUCAAGCAACGAAAAGGAGAAGUGUUUUAUCAUGCAUGACCUUAUAAAUGAUUUGGCAAAAUACGUCUGUGAAGACAUAUGUAUCAGGUUAGGUGUUGAUGAACCAAAAGGUAUACCCAAAACAACCCGCCAUUGUUUAUUUUCAUACUCUAAAUUAGGUUUUGAUGGGUUUGGGAGUUCGAUUAAUACUCAAAAGUUGCAUACAUUUACGACAACAAAACGGAUUUGGGGUUGGGAUUGCAAGAUGUCCAUAGACGAUUUGUUCUCGAGAUUUAAGUUAAUACGUGUGUUAUCUUUGUAUAAUUGUCGUAGCCUUACCGAGGUGCCUAAAUCUAUAGGGAAUCUUAAGCAUCUUCGUUCAUUAGAUCUAUCCUUGACUCAAAUAGAGAAACUGCCCGACUCAAUAAGUUUACUCUACAAGUUGCAAAUACUGCAGCUGAACUAUUGUCGAAAACUAAAGGAGCUUCCCUCAUGUUUACAUCAACUCCACAAUUUGCGUCGUCUUGAAUUAGUACAUGUUGGAGUGAAAAAUGUGAUAGCACAUUUGGGAAAGUUGAAGAAUGUUCAAGUAUCGAUGAGUUCGUUUCAUGUUGAGAAAAGUAAGGAAAUCAAUUUUCAGCAAUUAGGAGAACUCGAUCUUCAUGGAAGUCUAACAAUUGAUGAACUGCAGAAUAUUGAGAAUCCCUCCUUUGCAUUGGAAGUAGAUUUGAAGAACAAACCACAUCUUACGGAACUACGGUUAGAAUGGAAUUUCAUUGGCAGCUCCUUUGUUGAUUCAGAAAAGGCUGAGAAUGUAAUUGAGAAUCUACGUCCUACAAAACAUUUGAAGAAGUUGUCAAUAAGAAACUAUAUUGGUAAACAAUUUCCAGAUUGGCUACUUCAUAAUUCAUUACCGAAUCUGGUGUCCUUAAAGUUGGAGGGAUGUGAAUCUUGUCAACGUUUACCUCCGCUUGGACUUUUGCCAUUUCUCAAUUACCUGGAGAUUUCAGGGUUUGAUGAGAUAGUGAGUAUUGAUGCUGAUUUUCAUGGGAACAACUCUUCUUCAUUUAAAUCCCUUCAAACAUUGUAUUUCUCCGAUAUGUGGCAAUGGGAAAAGUGGGACUGCCAAGCUGUGACAGGUGCUUUUCCAUGUUUACGAGAUAUUUCAAUUGAAAAUUGUCCCAAGCUGAAAGGACACCUGCCAAAGUUUGUUGCUUUAAAAUUUCUAAAACUGAUUCACUGCGAACAAUUCGAAGCGGUAAGAGUUGAAGAGUUGUCCAUUUGUUCACCUCUGGAGUCAAUAAGUGAUGAUUGUGUCUGUCUAAGGGUCUUUCCACUAGAUUUCUUCCCAACACUCGGGGUUCUCCUACUCAGUGGAUUUCCUAAUCUACAGAUGAUUUCACAUAAUCAUGUUCACAAUCAUCUCUAUUAUAUGAUUAUCAAAGAGUGCCCUAAAUUUGAAUCAUUGCCUGCAAACAUGCAUAUGCUGCUUCCGUCUCUCGAACACCUAAAGAUAGAAGAUUGUCCAAGACUUGUGUCGUUUUCUGAUGAAGGUUUGCCAUUAAAUCUAAAACACAUCACACUGAAUUGCUUUAGACUUGUUGGCUCACUGAAAAGAGUUUUAGAAGACCGUCCUUCUUCGUUGGAAAGUUUAACGAUUGAAAAAGUAGAGGCAGAAUGUUUUCCAGAUGAAGGUUUGCUUCCACUCUGUCUUUUCUCUCUAACAAUAUCUGAUUGUCGAAAUCUAAAAAAACUGAACUACAAGGGUCUCUUAGAACUCUCAUAUCUUGGAAGACUGUAUCUUUGGAACUGUCCCAACCUCCAAUGCUUACCAGAGGAGGGUCUUCCCAAAUCAAUUUCUAGUCUUGAAAUAAUCAACUGUCCUUUGCUGAAACAGCCUUGCCACAAAGAAGGAGGCGAAGACUGAGAAAAGAUUUCUCACAUUCAACCUAUUAAUAGGAUAGUGAG